GAUGCCCUAGGUGUAUCAUAUACCUUGGUCUCUAAUAUCCCUUGGUUCUUUCACCUUUGUCCUGGCUGUACCCCCACGGCCAUAGUAACUGUUGCCGCUUGUGUUCUCUUGCGUAAGAUCGUGGCCGGCUAUCACGCGCGCUGAUGCCGGGAAGUCGGCUUCUGAUGACCAGCCGGAAUAUGUCGGGCUCAUAUACCAGCCUUUCAAAACGGCUCGGCACGGAUACUCCGCCGUGGUACAUAUACCUUCUAAUUCGUCUUGUAGUAUAUCUCCGACCAGUUCCUUCAGCUUCGCAAACGGCUUUUGUUUCUUAGGUAUUGUUCUAGAAGCACGGCCAACUGAAGUUUCCCGCGCCAACUAAUUUGUAAUAAUUUAACCAUUUGACAGUUUGGGGUUUCCAUAUAUUCAAUAUUCUUCAUGUAUUCUAACAUACCCUCCUCCCCGGACGACCAGCUGCACCACUCACUGCUGUCACUGCAUCAUCAUUUGCAAAAGAAAAAGCGGGUCGGUAAGGCCUGUGACUCAUGUCGUAUCAAAAAGACCAAAUGUGAUGGGAAGAAACCCUGUAACAAGUGCACACAAGACAACAAGAUCUGUGUGUUCACCGAGAAAAAAAAGGUUCGUGAUAAGUCACAUCCAAGUGGCUACGUCGACUUGUUGGAGACUCGCUUGGAUCUCUUGACCCAGGCAUUUGAUAAAGUCAUUCGGCUAGCGGCCCCUCAGGUGGGCUUUUUAAACGAAUUGGUGGAGUCAGCCGGUGCUGACGGUGACCUGGUAGUACCAAUCAACAAGGUGAUUCAUUAUUUGAUCACUGAGCAGGGUCUUUUGAAGAACUUACCGUUGGAAUGGGAAAAUGGUGCGUUGAUAGCUGCAAAUUUCAACCCCAACGAUAUUGAGUCUGCUUCCAGGAAAUUUGCCAACCACAAAAUGAACGUCCACCUGGAAGAUACCCAACGCAGUCCCAUAAAGGAAGAGCUUGAUGAUAACUUUGAUGGAAAUCUUGAUGUUCAGGUUGAUGUAGAUGUUGAUGUGGAUAAUAAUCUUGAUGACUUUAAGGACGAGUUUGACGACCUCAAUCACAACAAUCUCAAGUUUGACCAUUUGCUCAAAGGGUACUCGGGUGGUGGGUUUGUUUUGGCCAACUCAGCCACGUUGAACGACGGCAUGUCGAACGACUUCAGCGACUUUGAAAGCGACUCCAACUCAGUGUACUCCCUGGCCCAUCCCCCUGAAUCAUCAUCCAUUGGUCCCAGCGACACGGUGCUGCAACCCAUGAGUCCUAGCGUAAAGACCCCGUCGUUGUUUGGCACUAACGACUCGGGACUUUUCCACCACCCAAACGGCUCCUCUUCUUCGUUGACAAGCAAUCAGCUUCACACACCUGCUAACCUUUCGCCCUCCAAUACGGUGGAUGGCCUUCCCACCUCACGGCCUGAGAUGGUACGGCGGUCGUCGUCGAUUGUCACGCGGUCCCGGUCCCCUUCGCACCAGAAGCUCAAGAGCAUGGGUCAUGUGCACAAGCCCAUCUAUUCUUCUACCCAUCAUUCUUCACAUAAUAUGGCCUCACCGGGAAAUGCCAGUCUUACUCACUCUAGGACCAAUAGCUAUACGGGUGAUGCAAGUGCCAAAUCGAUUCUUUUGGACAAUGACUUCUCUUUGCCGUCGGAGCUGAUCAAGAUGCUGGAAUUGAGUUAUGAUGACAAUAUGUUGGGUGGCUUGUAAUAUAGGAAUUGUUGGUCUGUUUGUAUAUUGGUAAUUUAUCGGUUUUCUAAACUUUUUUGCAGCCAUCCGGCGCGCCACGCGUAGUAAAUUAUAAAUCCGAAAUAUGUAUUCUAUAACCACAAAAAGAAG